AUGGACUACGUUUACGGACCGGGGAGGAAUCACCUCUUUGUCCCGGGACCCGUGAACAUCCCGGAGCCUGUGAUACGCGCCAUGAACAGGAACAACGAGGACUACCGUUCCCCCGCUGUGCCGGCGUUGACAAAGACCCUUCUUGAGGAUGUUAAGAAGAUAUUCAAGACGACAAGCGGGACUCCGUUUUUGAUUCCCACCACAGGUAUUAGCACUUCUGUCUGUGUACUUGGGUGAAGAAAAUAUUUCGAUAAUCUUUUCUUCGUUAUGUUUCUCUCUUCGUUAUGAGUUAAAACAACGUUUACACCUUUUAAUUCUUGUGAUUGAUUGGGUUGAGUCUUUUACCAAUGGCUUAAUCUUACCAGCUGGUUAAAAUCCAUAUAUGUUCAGAAACACGAUUCAUUUUUAGCUGAGUUAAUCCCUUGGUGCAUGCCAUGAAUAUGGUAGCCAUACAUCUCUGAAUUUUGAGCAGGCACUAUGCUGUGUGCAUAAUAUAGCUCCGAAAUGGUAGAGGAAAUCGCCAUGGUUUUUGUUGUUGCUAAGUUUGGUAGUCGUAGAGAGGACAUCCCAUGGCUCUAUUUCCUGGCCGAACAUUAGAGCCUCGGCUGAAACUGGUCACCCCAUCCCUCUUUCAACAAAUCGUCCAGGGACUUCAAUAACCAAGUCCUGAUGGUUAAAACGUUAGAUUUGGUGACAAGUACCCUUGAUUGUAGCCUGUUUGAGUUUCCCAUGCCUACUCAUGCUUACUCUUUUCUAAAUUUAUUUGAGAAUUGAUAAAAAAUUUAACGCCCUUACAGUAAAACUUUAUUUUUGGUGUAUUUUUGGGAAUCAUUUGUAUGCCACCAUGUAUAUAUUGGGCAAUGUGGCCAAGUGCUGUGAAUGGUCGUCUGGUAGUUUCUUAAAACAUAAAACACCAUUAUAUGGUAGCUUUUUGGUCAAAGACUGGUGAAGCUACCAGACCUUAGCAUUUGACUACGUUUAAAAUUUUCGAUGGUGGUUUUACUGGAAUGAACGGAGAGGGGUAUCGUUUUUAGUUUGAUUAGUAUUUAAUAGAUGCAGUCCGGUAAUGAAACAUCCUUGUGAAGCUUCAGUUAUUGAAAUAUUACUUGAUAUACUUUCUUUCUGGAAAACUUUCACGCCCUUUAAUUCUCUAAGAUUAUUUCGUUGGAACUUGUGGCAAGAAUAGUUCCGAAAAGAUAAUUAUUCUUCCAAGUAUUCUACAUUCGAAUUGCUGAAAUUCUUUACAUGGGUUCAGAUGUCAGUUAUAGUGACAUUGAUGUGCCCAUAGUUUUUUCUUUCUUUCUAUGUUUGGAUAAAUAUUCCUGCUAUCUUUGAUGAGAUGCUUUCUCGGACACUUCAUGUGACAUCAUUUAAAUCUUAAUAUGCAGGAACCGGGGCAUGGGAGAGUGCACUUACUAACACUCUGUCCCCUGGAGAUCGAAUCAUAUCAUUUCUCAUCGGACAGUUCAGCCUCCUCUGGAUCGACCAGCAGCAGCGUCUGAACUUUAAUGUUGAUGUCGUAGAGAGUGACUGGGGACAAGGUGCCAACCUUGACAUUUUAGCUGAAAAGUUGGCAUCAGACAAUUCGCACAGCAUCAAAGCUAUUUGCAUUGUUCACAAUGAGACGGCGACGGGAGUCACCAACAACUUGGCGACUGUGAGGAAACUACUUGGUGAGGUUUAAAUUUUCAUUUGAUAAUGAGAAAUAGAAAAUAUGCCUUUGCACUUUGAUUUCCAGCUGGUCUCUUCGAUUUUUUAUGGUAUUCGGUGGACCAUACUCGUCGCAGUUGAUUGGGAUUAGCAGCGCAGUUCAACGUAGGCUAUCAGUUUGCAUUGAAGAAAAUAGAUAGUUUUUAUCUGGAAUGAUUGAUGCUUGCACUUUGGCGAUGGCUGUUGAAUGGUAUCUUAUAUACCCUGGAGAGUUCAUCGAACCAAUCAUCUGUUAGUUUUUUUAUUCUCUGCUGCUAUUCUGAACAUCCCGAUAAAUAUUUGUGUUUUAUCCGAUUGGCAUGCACUGGUUUUCAGUGGCUGUCGGGGGCCAUCUAGCUGACAUACUGGUCUUCUAGAUUGACCCUCAUCGAGUAUGGAUGCUCAUCAUCUUCCGAUAGAAUCGACGCCUGGGAUUUCUUGAUGCAUAAUUUUCCAUUUUUAUUAUGUUCUGAGAAGCUGAUGUACGUACCUCUCGAUCAUGCUUGGAGACAGACGACUACAGGCAUCCCGCGUUGCUGCUGGUCGACGGAGUGUCAUCAAUAUGCGCGCUUGACUUCCGUAUGGACGAGUGGGGAGUGGACGUGGCACUGACGGGAUCUCAGAAGGCCCUCUCGCUGCCCACUGGGAUGGGCAUCGUUUGCGCCAGCCCCAAGGCGCUGGAGGCUUCCAAGACCGCCAAGUCGGUGAGAGUGUUCUUCGACUGGAACGACUACCUCAAGUUCUAUAAGAUGGGGACUUAUUGGCCGUACACCCCGUCCAUUCAACUGCUCUACGGGCUUCGAGCUGCUCUGGACCUCAUAUUCGAGGAGGGCCUCGAGAACGUGAUCAGGAGGCACAGCCGUUUGGGGACGGCGACAAGGUCAGCCAUCCUCGCUCCCCCUAGUCUACCCAUUAUUGGCGGAUUUUCAUUGUUCGAACCAUUGACAUUUUACGUAAACAAAAAGAAAUUAUGGGGAAACGACUGUUUAGGCUCCGUGCCCACCCCUGUCAUUCCAGAAGGAUUUUUCAUUGUUUGAGGUGUUGACUUUUUAGGGCGAACAAUACAGAAAUAAUGUAUUUCUGAUGGAUGAUAAGCUGUGUGUGCGCGCAGGCUUGCUGUGGAAGCCUGGGGCCUGAAGAACUGCACCCAGAAGGAGGAGUGGUACAGUGACACAGUGACGGCGGUGAUGGUCCCAGGGUACGUCGACAGUUCAGAGAUCGUCAGGAGGGCAUGGAAGCGGUUCAACCUGAGCUUAGGCUUGGGACUGAACAAGGUGGCCGGAAAGGUGUUCAGAAUAGGGCAUCUUGGUAACGUCAACGAGGUAUCCUCCUCCGCUCUUUCUCCAUCUUAUAGUAUCGUUGCACCCUUCCUCUUGAAUACUGAGUCUCAACUUGAUCCCCAUUCAUUUCGAAUCGACUAUCCUCAUUGUUUCAUAUCAAGUACUAGGGAAGGUGAGGAGUUCUCUCUCUCUCUCUCUCUCUCUCUCUCUCUAUCGAUGUGAUUUAGUAGCCAUGGUGAGCUAGAGUGGUCGUUGAGCCCAAGAGGGUGCGAUGUGGAGUUUCGGGUGUUUACGUUGGCGGGCGUGUUUGUGCAGCUGCAACUGCUGGGGUGCCUGAGCGGGGUGGAGAUGGUGCUAAGGGACGUCGGGUACCCGGUGAAGCUUGGCAGCGGGGUGGCGGCGGCAGCGGCGUACCUCCUCAACAACACCCCACUCAUCCCCUCCAGGAUCUGA